GUUAUGUCGGGCCGUGGUCGUCGGGGCCGUGGUCGGCCGAGGCCGCCGCCGGAGCAGCCGCGGUGCGAGGCGGCUGGCGGCUCUCUGAGGGUGAGCCGGUUCUGCCCGCAGUGCGGGGUCGGCGUGGAGCCCACGUUCCGCUUCUGCCCGGCCUGUGGCGAGAGGCUGCAUGCGCCGCUGCAGCAGCAGCAGGAGAAAGAGCCGACAUUGCCCCCGCCGCCGCCGCAGCCGUCCACGAGUCCCGCAGGCUCCCCGGAGACUGCCCCAGCACGGCCCCCGGCUCGGCCCGGCUCCCGCUCGCCCCGCAAGGUGCGGCCCGGCCCGGCGGAGCCCCUGCCGGUGGAUGUAGUCCUGACGGACCAGGGCGGCCAGCGAUGGAAGCUGGUCCGGCUCCUGGAGCAGAGCGGCUGCGGGCUGGUGUACGAAGCGCAGUCAGCAUCUGGAGCCUGUCCUCAAAAGCAAAGAUACUCCCUCAAACUUGAUGUAAAAGGUGGAAGGAUCUACAAUGAACAGAAUUUCUUCCAGCGAGCUGCGAAGGCGGCCACAGUGGAGAAGUGGAGGAAGGGGCACUCUGUGCCGUUGCUGGGAAUCCCCAAUUGUGUUGGCUUUGGACUGCAUGCAGAUACCUACAGGUUUUUGGUGUUCUCUGACUUAGGGCGAACUCUUCAGUCUGUCCUGAAUGAUGGCUUGCACCUACUGAGGGAGAAGGCAGCUUUUCAGAUUGUAGUCCGGCUGCUGGACUGCCUGGAGUACAUCCAUGAGAAUGAGUAUGUGCAUGGGGACAUCACAGCUGAGAACAUCUAUUUGAACCCAGCAGACCACAUGCAGGUGACCCUCGCAGGCUAUUGCUUUGCCUUCCGUUAUUGCCCAGGAGGGAAGCAUGUGGCUUGGCGCGAGGGCAGCAGGACCCCUCACGAGGGCACGAUAGAGUUCAUCAGUGUGGACAGCCACAAGGGUGCAGGACCAUCUCGCCGAAGUGACUUGGAAUCUCUGGGCUACUGUCUUCUGAAGUGGCUCUGUGGCUUCUUGCCUUGGUCUGAUGAGCUGGACAAAGUAGAAACUGUGAUGGAGAAGAAGGAAAAGUACAGAGGGGAUGUGAAAUGCCUUCUCCGGCUGUGCUUCAGGCAGAGAUCCAUUCCAGAUCAAGAGAAAUUGCACAGGAAAAGUGUUGAAAGCUUUCUGCAGCGUGAGGCCUUUCUCACAGCUAUUUAACUUUUACCCAGCUAUUUUAGAACAGUUUUAAUGUGAGCCAAUGCUAAAUUUUGAGCUGCUGUUGUAAGAAGUUAAUGUGAAGAUGCCCCUGUGUGGGAGGUUGUUGGAAGAACUGUGAUGUAGCCACGAGAAGGGCAAAGCCUGGCACAGAAAACUAAAUCAGGGACUUUUUUUUUAAUUUUAACUAGAGUGACAGUACAUAGUUUUGUAAUAAACUUUGUGGCCAAGUACC